AACACUGAAACAUUUAAAGCCUGUAAAGGAUUUUAUUUUUAUACAUUUUAGUGUUUUAUAUUUAUAUAGGUACUGUUUAAAACAAUAAUAUUUUUAAGCAUUUAAAAAAUGGAGACGGAAAUAAAACAUUUUAAUAUCUUAAAAUUUAACACUUUUUUUUUAGUGAUGCAAUAUCGUCAGCAUAAUUUGUACGAUAAAUAAAAUCACUUCAAUAUUUCAAGACAUAUGUGUGUGUGUGUGUGUGCGUGCGUGCGUGCGUGCGUGCGUGCGUGCGUGCGUGCGUGCGUGUGUGUGUGUGUGUGUGUGUGUGUGUGUGUUUUGAAAUAUUUAAAUGAUGUUAUUAGAAUAAAAUUUAUGUUCAUCUAUAAUACUAAUUUACAUUAACUUUCGUUGUUUUUAUCAUUGUCAAAUGUUACGUUGUGCUCUCGUGAAACAGUGUUUUGACUCUCACUCUUUCUCGAAUCCAUCAAAAAGCAUCUACAAAUUCCUUGUUCUCCGUAGAUCUCAACGAGUACUCUCGUAAAAGUGUUCGCUGUUAAACAAAUCCUCCCUCUAAUGUCGAAGUACAGGCUUUGCGGGGUAACGAGACUUUUGAGAGUCCUCGACAUUAAAAGGCGUAUCUCGUACGCGACGUGAGCCGAAGUAGAUGAACAGCAGGUACAUUGCGACAGAAUAUUUACCGUAUAUCAAAGAGUUAGAAAUCCGCUAGUAGAAUUGGCGGAAAUUUGCCAGGUUCACUAUUUGCCCGUCCGAUCUCCUGAUUUCUAUUGGUUUACUGAUUGCCUUCGCGUUGUGAGAAUUUUAACUAUCGACCCGUCCUGAAAUACGUACGCGAAACUUACACGUAAAGUCUCAAACGAAGCCAAUAGAAAGAAGAUUUCUUUCUUCACUUCCGAGAAAAUUAGAUCACUCGCAGAAGUAAUCUCUUUAAGGUUCUUUUUUCGUGUAUCUUAACAAGUUAAAGACAAAAACAAAUGCCAAAAAUGUAAAAAGACGUUUUUCUUUUUUGCGCAGUUUUUUUUAUACGUCUUUAUUUCCCGGCCAUUUCUGUAAAGGAGAGAGAAUGGUAUAAAUCCACAUUUUGCGCGGAUAAGAAUUAUUUGAAAUUAAUGGCGGAAAUUAGCAGCGAAAACGGUGCAAAAGCGUUUAAUUACACCCGAAACACCAAAAACGUGUUAAAUAUCUCUCGCUUGGCAUUACUGCUUUCCUCUCUAGCGGAGCCGUUAGUUUUUAAUCGUCGGAACAAGCACACGAUGCAUUGUGGCACAUCGAUGCGUACUAGCCUGACUCUCAUCCUCGUGCGGACGCGCGUAUUCUCGCUCGCGGAAGAUAAAUAACGCGAAAAUCGCAUUUGGCUACCAUCCAAAAUACGAAACACCCCAUCGCUCGUCGAGGGGUGCGUAUUAAAUUCACGGCUCUCAAAUUCCCGCGGCCGCCACCCCGGAUCAUUUAAAUCUCUUUUCAGCUAGUUAAAAUACCACACGUAUUUCGAGGCGCUGCGGGAAAAUUAUUUUAUUCCAUGGACGCGCGGAGGGAGAUUGUACGGAAAUUUCAGUUUCAUUUUCAUGCGUAUAUGCGUCACGCAUGCGGCGCGUCUAUAAUUUUCUACGCGGCGAAACGAUGGGCCGAUUUAAUUUCUUUUUUUUGUUUUAUACCAGACAUUUUAAUUUGCCGUGUAAAAAGAAUAUGAAAUUGGAUUUGUGUAGUAUCGCAUGAACCGGAUUUUUCGAUUGCUCGGUGACAAGAAAAUAAAAUUGCACACUUCACAGAUAAUAUAGAAGAGAUUACAUUCCUUUCUAUUUUUUAUUUAUAACAUUCGAGAUUGUUGUUUUGUACGACGUGUAAUACGAUUAGUGCAUGUUUAUCCUACAAAUUUUUAUGACGUUUGCGAAAGUUUUCAGAUGGAUUUCAAAUCUUAUUGCGAAUUUUAUAAAAUUACACGUCUUUAUAUCUUACUUAUCUUGCUCUUCUUUUUCACCAUUUCUAUUUCAAUAUUAAUUUUAUAUUAAUUGCUGAGAAAAUAUACUAGCAGGCACUGAGUAGCUUUAAAUCUUUGAAAUGAAAUUUCUAUGAUAUUUAAAGCGUUUUAAAGAAGAAAUUAUAUCUUAUUAGUUCGUAAAAGGAUGUAACAUUAUAUGACACACAGCGGUAUAACAUGAAGUUUCUUCUCUUCAUAGAAAACAGCGUGAAAUUGAGAUUUAUAUUUCGUAUUUUCUUGUAAGAGUAAAAAAGGUCCAACGGCUUCUGUAGCAGUCUCAGAUAAUUAAACGACUUUCAUUUAAUAAGAAAUCAUUAUUUUAAUUAUAACGUACUUAACAUAAUUAUAGACACUAUUUUCUAAUAGCUGUCGACGUUUGUGCAACUACGGAUUCUUAUUUAUUGGCUUUUUUUUUAUAAAUUUGUUGCCGUGCGUAAAGACUGGUUUUGUAGCCAGCAGUAGCUAUAGCUGGCUACAUAUAAUGGUAGAUAAAGAAUGGAGGGGAUAAAAUGCAAUCAAUCACGACUCGAGCACAAGUCCGGACAGAUCGAUUUUACGUACGUAGUCAUAUCGUCUUACGCGUAGAUAAUUUACAGAGCAGUCUAUAUUUAUUGAAUUCUGUGCUUAUCUCAGUUGCAACACCGCUCAGCGUUUCUGUCAGCGAUACUCUCAUUCUAUCGAUCGAACGCGAUUGUAAUGUGUGUAUUUUACGCCGAAUUUCUUGAAUUUAGAGAAAUUUGUUGGAAAAACGAAGAGGUAGCGAACGAAAUUUUAUCGCAGCGUGGAUAAAUGUGUACUACAAACGGUAAACGGUGAACGGUUACUUCGUUUUUUUAUCACGCUUCCGAGAUUGUUGCUGGUACCGCAAUGAAGAUUAAUGACAGUGUAUCAGAUAUCAAAAUCAAGUUGUAUCUCAGGCAACUGCUGACAGCUUUGGGACCAUUGAUUGGAGUUUCCGUGUCCGGUAUGUCAAACGGUUACAGCGCGAUUCUUCUUCCGCAGCUAAAGACAGUUGCGAUCAAUGGCAGCGAAUCUUUAUUGGAAUCUGCGGACGCGGAUCAUUUCGGAGUGCUCAGUAUCGAUCAAGAGUCGUGGAUCGCGGCAGCUACGGUUCUACCGAUAGCUCCGGGAUGCUGGACCGGUGGAUUCAUGGCGGAAAAACUCGGCAGAAAGGUUUCAGUAAUGCUACUGUGUCCUGUGUUUUUCGUCGGCUGGCUGAUCAUCGGUCUUGCCAAUAGCGUAGAAGUUUUGAUAGCAGGCAGACUACUCUGUGGGUAUUGCGUCGGAAUCCUAGCGCCAAUACAACCGAUUUACGUGAGUGAAACGAGUGACCCCCUGCUACGUGGCAUUCUGCUGGGGGCAGUUGGCUUGACCCUCUCGGUCGGUAUAUUGGCGUGUCACGCGAUGGGAACUUGGUUGCAUUGGCGAACCACCGCGUAUAUCUGCGGCGUCUUGCCCGUAAUCUGUUGGAUCCUCUGUAUCUAUUCGCAAGAGAGUCCGCUGUGGUUGCUCAGCAAAGGCAAGAUCGAGAAGGCGAAGCGCUCCUGGAUAUACCUCCGCGGUGAGGAAUCGCUCGAGGAAUUCUCUCUUUUAGAAGCCGCCAGGCUUGCCGAAAUAUCAGGAAGGAAAACCGGAAGACGACCGUUACUUCAUUCGCUCAGGAAGACGUGGUCCUCGCGAUAUUUCUUGAGACCUUUCUUCAUCGUUUGUCUGUACUUCUUUAUUAUGCAGUUCUCAGGUACUAACGUAAUGACUUUCUACUGUGUCGAAAUGUUAACGGACGUCUCGGGCCCGGCGUACGCUUAUUUGAUUACUCUGGUCAUCGAUACGGUUCGCUUGAUAUUCGCCGUUCUCGUGUGCAUUCUUCUAAAAAUAUGCCGCAGGCGCACCUUAAUGUUCAUAUCCGGCUACGGCGUAGCUAUCACCAUGCUAUCUUUGAGUGCGUGCUUGACAUUUGAUAUUGGAAGACCCUGGAGCCCCGUGAUUCUACUCGUCACUUACGUCGGUCUGUUGCCAUUGGGACUGAUGUCCCUACCUUGGAUGCUCUGCGGUGAAGUGUUCUCGAGCAAGUACCGUGGACUCGGUUCCGGAUUAGCGUCCGGCUUCAAUUUUACGUGCUUCUUCGUGGUGAUCAAGACGAUGCCGCUUAUGGUGGAAUUCAUAAAGCCCGAAGGUACAUUCACCGUUUACGGCUCCGUGGCGUUGAUCGGGACUAGCGUUUUGUAUUUUGUUCUUCCUGAAACCAAAAACAAGACCUUGCAAGAGAUUCAGAUGUAUUUCGACAAAACGUCUCAUACACCGAAAAUACAAAGUGUGAACGUGCCAUUGCACGAGUGCUGUUCUUCCGAGAAAAAUAAUGAAGUGGAAGAAGAAAUGUUUAAGAAAUGAUGAUCGUUUAAUGAUCAGAAAUUAUAGAGUAUAACGCGUACCUUUUGUGAAAAUAUGUGAGUUUAUUCUGUUAAUUUGCAUUAUUUAUGUACGACGUUAAUAGAAUUCGUAGAUCUUAUUUCAGUACAGAAUUACUGUUUCUUUGGUCAUUUUCAUACAAGAAGUAUGCAUGAUAUAAAGUAAGUACGUCCGUGUCACACAUCGCGUUUUCUCUUUCUAUUGCUUUUGAAAAAUUUACAUAAUUUGUAACUCGAGACUUGUUGAGAUUACUGAACUUCAACUUGCGGCAGUGAUGCAUUUGACGGUAAUGUGACUGGCACUACCGCAAGCAAUUUCGCAUUGCCGUAAGUGACGACGCGACGCAUUCUUUGAGCGGAUAUAUUUUGGUCGUACCGUAAAAUUAACCGAUGCGUUGAAAUAAUGACUCUGCGGCCGUCGGGACAGAGCGGCGAGAGCAAUAGAAAUUUAACUGCGAACCUUGCCAGUAUGACGGACCGUAAAAUUGCGUUCUCACGUGAUUAUUGCUCGGACCACUUACCGCAGCUGAUGGAAAUUACGGUCCGUCCCGGUGGUUCGCGUGACGUUUUGCGGACCGCGCAAUGACUUAGGCGCGUACGCAAGUGAAAUAUGAUGGCGGUGCUGUCGGGGUUAUUAAAAUGCGAGGAAUCUUGAUUCAUUGCCCUUCGUCGAGAUUUCAAGGCGAUAAAGAUAAAGAUUGGUUCCGGUUUCCGGUUUGAUAGACGUAUCUGCUACCGCAUUCGCGUAGAUAUUAAAGUUUCUCACUAGGAAUGACACGUUUUCCACACUUUUAACUAUCGUUGUUCUUUGCAUCGCGUAGAAAUUGUUAUAAAUUACAUGUACGUUAUAAUUACCAAUCGAAUACGACAAUGAUGAAUUUUACCUUGUCCUUGUAUCGGAUUAAUUUUUACUUAUCGUUUGUUACUUCACAGUAAUUUGCAGAUAGGUCUUUCAGAUAUCAUUCCUUCCCUGUUGAUACGAUUUAAAUCUCGAAGCAUCAAAGGCAAGCGCAAUAAAGAAUCACGCUAAACUCCGCGAUGGUUUUUCUCUUUUUAAUUUCCCCAAUCCUAACUCAUUACCCUCUUUUCUUCAACCACGCUCUUACUCGGCUCGCCUCGCGUUGAUUAUCGCAAGCACGCAAAGCGGUCGUUAUGUUAUCCUUGCUUCUCUUUACUACGGCCAUUUUCGAUCGGUACUCUUCUUCGCGAAACUCAGUUCCCAGCGAAAUAUUCAUCGAAAAUCUCGCGGUGACAAAAUUUCACUUAUAUCGCAGUUGCAUGUGAUUCUUUCUCUUUAUCUUUUAUCGCGUAGCCUUAUAUAUUAAAACUUUGAACAACAUGCGCUUAUAAUUAGCUAUAUCUCGGAGUGCUUACGAAUAGUGGAAACGAGCACGUUUCUUCCGGGCCAAAGAAUCUGACGGUUCGAAAGACGGUUCACAGAUCGACAAUGACUGGGAAUGAAAAGUCGACGAUAUCAAACGUGAUUUACGACGAUAAGGACAAUCUCGGCCCAAUUUCCCACGCGCGACGUGCUCGAACUGCAUAUAAUCUUCAUGAAUGCGUAAUGACCCGUCGUGCGUCCUCUCCCGUGGCCCAUUCAGGAAGGUCUCGUGUAAUGGAGGGGAAUAAAAACUAGGUGGUCCCUACGCGAUAGCGCCGCGCCAAUGGCGCUUUUUGCGUCAACGAUGAAGCACUUCAGACUUCCCUCCGAUCUAUCGCUCUGAGAAGCUUAACGGUGGAAAAUGCAGCCGAGCGAGAACGUUUAGCACUGUCGAUUCAAAACGACAUUCGUACGGAUUUAGAUCGAGUCUCUCUAUAGUUCGCUGCAUUAUAAAUAUGUACCGCAGCUCAAGUGUAAAAGUAUAUUGAUUAUUGCAAGGUGUUACGUGAAUUCUCUUGGCAGCCUUGUGUUCGAUGGUGUUCGACGAAUGAUGGAAAAACUCACCGGAUAAAAUGUUCGUAAAAACAAUAAAAUUCGUUUCGAAAAGUGAAAGUGUUGACUCGGAGAACAAAAUAAAAUAUUGCGAAUUAGAGAAUGUUUGUCUAUUUACUAUCGUUUUCGAUACCAAACAUCAAAUAUUGGGUUCGCAAAUAUAAGUCAAAACACAUGUUACUAGUACCGAAAAGUGAUUUUAUUUUCUCACAUCGCGGUCAAAAAAAAUAUAUAUAUAUAAAGUUGACCGAAUAUUUACAGCUUCAAAUAUUUCGAGCAAUAAUAAUUUCGAGAUGAUUUUAACACGAAGCAUCCGGUGUGAUGGUAAAAACGAGGGUGAUUCUGUAGCGAGUCCGCCGCUAAAAUAAAAAUGUAACGCACCGUAACUCACCCAGAAGCGCGCGUCGCGUGAGCUUUAUAUACUUCAUAAACAUUUCUCGUGGUUAUUCUCGUCCGCUGUUCUGUGUUUGCGGUUCAGAAGUGACAUCUUGUUCGACGUCGCGCGUUUGCCACGACGCAAAGCGAAGCGAUUAGACAAGGAUUACUUUUUCACCUUGGCACUUUUUCACCAAUAUGUGAUUCCCGGUCACGUGAAUGUAGAUCACAUACACGCAGUUACGAAAAAUUUAGGCGUUUUCUAUAUCGCUCGACGCAAUAAAGCGCAACUCCAUUUGCAUUAAAUUUUUCAAAUGCCGCUGUAAGCGGUACUUUUUAUCGCGACAUCGUGGUGUUGUACAGUCGCGUUGCUUAAAGCGUAACCGCUGUUUAUGCAUGUUUUUUUUUCCAAGGGAUGUGCGCGUUGUCCGGCUUAAUAAAUCGUAUUUGCGACCAUUUGUAGCGCAAUCCCUGUAAUCGCGGGCUUCUUUUUGACAUAUGUUUCGCGCGGGGCUAAUAAAUUGAGAUUACAUGUGCCGGUUCUCCGCCCACAGCGCUAUCUUUCGUACUUUACAUGAUUCUACAAUCGUGAAAUUCAGCGUUGCACAAUUUGUCAAUAUGUAUGAGCCGUGUCAUUAAUACUUUACGAAAUUAUUCAGUGCUCACGAAAUGUUUUACGAGAUGUUGAAGCUCAAGGAGGAGCAUGAGUCGCGCGUCUGUCACUUCUGGCGAGUAACUCAAACUCUCCGAUGUCAUUAGAAAAUUUAUACGAGCUGAAGGACAGAACGUUGAUUAAAUCCGGGCUCGCAGCGGGGGUUCGCGACUCUCUGACAAAAUUGAAGGAGCGAUCUCCAGUCGCUGCGAGUAAUCGCGGAACGAGGUGGUCUCUGUAAGAGAAAAAGAAAGUAGAACUUUAUCAAGUCCUAGGAAUCCACUGACAGCGGCGGGAAAAGAAAGUAAUGGAAAGGUACCGGUUCGCACUUUGGAGCUAAGGAGCGGGAGAUAAAGGCUGACCGGUUUAUCUUUGAAACAGGAAGGACGUUAUCCUGCAUCGAGAGAGAGAGAGAGAGAGUUUUUGUUUUAAAUUAAAUUAAAUCUUUAUCGUCUGCCGUCUUCUGUGUUAUUCAGUGUGACGUUUAUCUUAACACUCCACAGCUUUUUGUGCUUAUCUCCAUUAGCAAUUAUAUUUUGCAAUUAUUUUUUUUGCAUUUCCGUUUUUUUUUUUUUUCAUGAACGAUGCGGCGUACUCUAUUUCCAAUUUGAUUGGAUUUUAAAAACGAUAAAUUCAAUAUUCUAACGCAAUCGCCUCGGGAGGAGAGCAAACAUAUUUUUAAAUAUUUUUGAACACGAAAGAGAAAUACAAAUAUUACAUUGAAAUGGAGAUUGAAAGCGUAAGCGAAGCAGAAGGGAAUAACAGAUCUUUUAUUAAAACAAGAAGACCAAAGUCGACAAUUUAUCCUGACAUUGCUCAACGACAAGAUCAACUCUACUUUCGACCGCUAACGAAAAUGUCGUUCCUCGCAUCAGUUCUGCUUAAGAGCCUGGCAGGGUGAUAAAAACGAACUGGAUUUUCCGAGACCUCUUUUCCUCCUUGUUCUUUUCUCUGCUCCCGUGCGGCGCCUGCGGUGGCAAUAAUUUGCAAUUUUUGUGAAACGUAUACGAAGCCGGAGGUAACGUCGGAAUCGACUUUAGGAACAACACUCUGAAAGUUUCGUGGACCGUGAUGAUGCUGUUUGCCAUAAAGUCACAAGUUAACCGGCAGGUAACAAAGUUGCCGGUGCUCUAAAUAUGACGGCAAAGUGGUGCAACUUUGUUGUAUUGUUUUCUUUUAAUAACGCUAUUAACUUUUCUACGGUGUAGUAUUUAUAACAAUCGCUUAACGUAUCGUUAGUUUAAUUUAUAGGUUAUUAUAACUAUAUAUCGAUUAUUUCUUUCUUUAAAAAACGUAUUUAUAUAUUUCUGUAUUUUCUGUGCAACACACACAUUUCUAAUUUAAUUGCAAAAACUAACGUUUAACAAUUAUAAAAAUAAAAUAUAGAAUAGAAUAUACUAAAAAAGAAGUGUUUAAUUUUAAGAUAUUAAAACGUUUUACUUGUAAAGAAGAAGUUAGUUUUCCGUAAUGUUCACUUCAUUCUCUAUACCAAUACCGCCGCUUUGAACAUUCACAUUUAUGCCUUACAAUAUGUUUGACAAACGCAACUGAUAAAUGCUCAUUUGAAUCAUUUAAUUAAUGGACCUCGACUAACAAGCGAAACAGCUAUUAUAUUUUGACAUCCAAAUUGGCAAUAGUUAUAUUGUAUGUAACGCGAUCCACUUAUUUUGCUGAUAAUUAUUUUGUUAUUGUAUGGAACUCGGCUUACACCACGGAUAACUAUUUUAUUAUAUUGAAAAUAAUCCAUAUUUUGGAACUAAAACGUCUAUGUACGAGUAUAACAUCAGUUCUAUGAAGAGUGCAUUAAUGCACGCGAAUACCUUGCGUUUAUUGUUUAUUGGCAUUACGUACUGUAUAUUUGUUUUACUUUUAUCUUUGUUAUUUAAAUAGUUAAAAAUGUUUUAGUUUUUAAGGGUAUUUAAAUUUAAAUUAUUUAAAGCUUGUUAAAGAUUUCGGUUUUAUUGUUCUAAUGUUUAAAAUUUAUUUAACGUUGCGCCGUCGUUUACAAAUAAAACAUUUCACAAUUUAAACUUGAGUAUUUAUAAAACGGAUGUAGAAAUAAAACAUUUUAAUGUCUUAAAAUUAAACACUUCUUCCUUUGAGCGUAAUUUUGAGUGUAAGUAAUUAAUUAGAUUUUAGUUGAGAACAUAUAUAUGAAUUACUUUAACGUAAUCUCGUUUCUUCGCAAAAUUCGAACGUCGUUUUCCAAGAAUUAGCACUAAUGAUCUUGGUGCUCUUUUUAGCGUCACGUGCCUAGUGAAAUUUUAAGUCCAAUGCGCGAAAGGAAAACGUCCGCCUUUACGGGCCGAAAUCACGCGAACAAAAGUCCAUCAUUGAUCGUAGAAUCGUCGCUGAGAAAGCCCGGGACAGGAAAUGAUGUUCGCUCGCAAUCGCUUGAAACUUCAUGAAAUUCUAUUUCGAAGUUGAAACUACAUUCGGUCCUGAGCCUCAGCUUUGCAUAAAAUGAUAGCAUCUAUAUCGCUAGGGAUAUCAACGCUUCUCCAACACUUGAUGACGUUUGAUUAUAAAAUGAUCAGAUAUUGCUUUGUUUGUGACUUUUGUUGACAAUUUCCUCGAAUGUUUAAUACGUUUGAAAAUUUCCUCUAUCUGACAAUUUUAUUCACAGGCUGAUAUAAACAUGGUUUCGCUAAUUCAGGAAAAGUUGUUUAUGAGAUUUAUUGUAUAAGGUGCCUGUACCCUAUAUGGUCUAUUUUAGCUUUGUGAUGUUUUCUAAUUUUUUUAUGAAUCCAAAAUUGAAAACUGAUGGCCAGAUUUAAUGCAGGAAACAUUUAUAAACAUUAAUUUAAAGAAUUAGAAAAAGUUAAAAAAUAUAUUUAAAAUUACACGAAUCAAGAAACAUUGUUCUCAGCAAGAUUUUGCUCUAAUAAUACCAUAUACUGGCUCUUUCUUAAUUUAAAUUGUAUUAAAUUAAAAUAUAGGGCAAUUUUAAAUUUUAAAUAUUUACAUGGGUGUAACGAAAGAGUAUCAUUUCAGAAAGAGUAUCAUUUUUAUAAUGGGUAUAUGUAUGUACUCAGUAUGGCCUAAUUAUGUGUUUUCUCUUUUUCAUAAAAUGUUAGAAAAAUAAAAAAUAAAAUAAUCCAAUGCUACUUUCAUAAGUUUAUAAGUUUAUUGACAUUGACAUGUUUAUUGGCAUAUUGAAAUAUAAGAGUACAUAAAGAACUAUUUUUAUCAAUAAUUCAUUGACAGAUUAACUAAACACUGAUCUAUCUUAAUUUUUUUCACUUAAGAUUAUAACUUAUGAGUCUUACAAUUUGUUUAGUAGAUGAGUUAGACUUUAUGAUUUAGAGUAAUAAAAGUAUCGAAAAACCAUUACUGUCUCAUUAUAAAUUUAGGUUGGCCAUAUUGGUUUUGACUUAAAGAAUUUUCUUUGGUAAACAGAUCAUUGUGACGAAAAUACACAUUAAAUACAGCAUUGUGAAGUACAAAUAUAGAGCUACUAAUAAUAUGAACUACAGAAAUUAACCAUCAUCUGGUAGUUACAGAAAAGUAAUUUGUUAUACAAUAUUUGAUCGUGAGAAACACAUACGAAAAUUUUGAUGAAAAUACUUUCGACCUCAUAUUGCGUCAACAACGCAAUCCACGAACUGAGCAGUCUACUGUUGCAAACAAGUCACGUUGACAGCCUGUAUUACACAUUAGCGUGUUUUGUUCAAUUCACCAUGAAACUACGUAGAAACAGCAUGCCAUAUUGAGUACUAGGUUCUAUAUUGGACAGUUAUUUUACUUGAAGUAAUAUAAAAAUAUAGAGUAACGCGAUAUAUAUGCCGUUUUUAUUAAAAACUUAAUUUACCAUUAUUUGCUAGGUUUAAAAUAAAUAAAAACUUUACUGGUACUACGUACUACUAUGAAAAAAAUUUUUUAAUGAAUUUUAUAUAUGAAAGGAAAAAACUUUUUAAAACCCUUGAAUUUUUGCCGUAUAUUAAAAGGGAUGGGAUAUAACAUGUAACCUUUCUUGAGUAGGGCAAUCAAGCUGAACAAAGAAUACAAGCACUUAUAUUUUGCUAUACGCUAUCUUUUACUAUCUCUCUUCACUUAUGUAUCAUGAAAUGAGCUUUUUACUGGAUUACUUUCUUUCUCUUUCUCUCUCUCUCUCUCUCUCUCUUAAGUGAGAGUAAUCAUUUUAGAUAGGUUAUAUAAUAUCGCUGCACGAUAAUGAUAAAUUCAACUUACAAUGAUUUUGUUAAUUUUAACGAUAAAAAACUAAAAUUUAGACGGUUGCUGGCAAAUUAUUCUUUCAUUCCUUUUAUUUUUUCUAACUUCUACGAUGUAAAUCCUUGCGCGGCGUAAAUACCAGAGUUAUUCUAGAUCUUAUAAUUUUGAAACAACAUUGCGAUAUCUUUUUCUAAACAUGAAAAAAGAAUAUCGCGCUCAGGUAAAUAAAGAAUAAUUAAUCUCGUAGAAAACAACAAGUGAUGUGGCGCAAGCUGAAUAGAUAAUGGACAUAGUUAUAAUCAAUUUUAUUCACGUUUAACUUACGGAGGAGUGCAGAAAAAUUAGCAAAUUUCAGAAGCUUGUUUUAAUACGUUAACUUGUACAGCCAGUAAUAUAUAGUGAGCAUUAUAGUUCAUAUUUCAUAUUGUAUCUUCCUCGCGUGCACACUUCCUUCAGAAUACGCGCUCAUAAACUUUCUUCCGAUCAUUAAUAAGAAAAUAAAUGUUUUGAAAUGACGAAAAAUAAAGAAAAUAUAACUAAAGUCGAGACGAAGGACGAGAAAAUCACGUGAAAUAAUUUGUGGUCUUCUUCCUUGGUACAGCCUGCACGGAAAUAGGAAAAGACAGUAUAUAGGUAAGCCCCUAAAAAAAAAGGAAGCAUUCUGAAUGCGAGUUAAACUCCUGAGAAUUUAUCGUUGAUACCUUUUCGCACCGUCCCAAAACCGCGUGAUCGCAGGCGGAUUUUUAUAGCGACGGAAAACAAAGAGUUUUAGCUCGCGACGCUGCAGAUAAGCGAGCUGUGGCCAGACGAGGCUGGAAUCUGGAGCAUAAACCGCGUACGUGUAUCUACGUCCGGUACCUUAAGGCGCUUUCUCGCGAUGUUUUACGAGCAGUCGUGUGUCAUUGCUACCGUCGCCCGGACAGUCUUUCCCUCACAUAACGUACGUACCACGUAACAGUGUUUCACGAUCGUGUUUCGUAGCGUCUUCGGUUUACCGAGAAGGUGAUGUAUCAAGGAGAAACACCGGGGUUCAACUAAACGACGGCUUAAACCACCAAGAGACUUAUUCGGUCUGUCAUCCAUUACACGAGUCAGGCGAAAAUUGUAUGCGAGAGAGAGCUCUAAUGUUACUUUUGUUUCAUAUUCUUAGACCCUUGAAUCGAAUAAAGAAAAAAAUCAGUACAUUACGAGUGUUCUUUGACCGGUCGAAAUUAGCGGCGGAUAUACAUGAGCCGUACUCCUUUGUAAAUCCUGUCAAAUGCACUCUGCGUUGGAUAACACGCUGAUCGGGUUUGCUUAAGAAGAAAAGUGGAUUUCGAAACGACAGUAGGUGACACCGAGGAUGGAGAAGAGCCGCGUUAUUCUUCUUGGCAUGCAGAUCAGGCACGUACCAGGAAGCAUUGUGCUCAGCUUUAUCUCUGCCUAGAAGGGUUUGGUCCUGAAUAUAAGAUUCUCUAAUACAUUUUUAUCGCAGAUGAGGCGACUGGUAUAUACGAUACCUACGCGCACCGUGCUUCCUUUUCAGCAAGGCAUUCUGUCGUGAUUUACACUAAGAGGGUCGAUCGCGUAUCGAUUCGCGUGGAACUCCUUGUAUUCUUAAUGGUCAACAUCGUUUACGAGGAAAGUAUUACAAAUCGCUUCUUGAUAAGGAAUCAAUAAACGGAUAUUACGUACAACGCACACAUACAUUCUGCUUAUUAAAAAUAUAUUGAAAAUUUUACUCCCCUGUAUAAUGCACACGUUUGCUAUUCCAUCACGUUCAGAAAUAAUGAAAUUUUUAAAAGCAUUUAAUUACGCGGAUAUAUUUGCCAAAUGAGAUUUACUUUUAUAUUUAUCAUUAAUACCUUUUACCGGUCGUUACGCGAAAUUUUUAAUACGUUAAAUUUUUACUUGCGAAUACGAAGUAAUGUCAAUUUUGUUUUGCUUAUUUGGUUAUUGCAUAUAUCAAAAUUUAUGUCGAUUAAACAGAUCGAGAAAUUAAUAAUGUUUUUUAUAUAAAAUUAAUUCAUUUCUGUUGCAAAUCGGCGCAAAAUAGUGAUCGCGAAAGUAUCGCGCUACUUUCGAUUCAUUAUGCGUUAUUCCUCUUUAAUUAUUGAUUACUGCUAAUUAUCAGCUAUCAAAUUCGAGCGGUUGAAUCAGAUCGGUAAAGCAAAGGAAAUCGUCUAAGAAGUGGCGAGACGGAGAUAGCCAUGGGAAAUUACAGCGGCGUGUUCCUAGUUGAAUAUCAAUGUCCUCGGAAGUAUAGGAGCGGCGUUCACUCGCAAUUGCAGUAAUCUCCUGGUAAUUGCCUCCGCAACCGUACCCAGAUAUAGCUACAGUCAGAACCCUUAAAUUUCUGCUUGAAAUUCGCAAAGGGCUUGCCUCUUUCCGUCAAUAUUGAAAUCUGUUUGCUGAACAGUUUUUAAUGUUUUUACGGUUAUGAUGGUUUGUUCCACUUUUGAGAUUUUGAAACGCUUACGUAUAAUCUUCGUUUAAUUGAACUUUUCGUUGCAGCGGUAAUUACUGUCCCUGGAUUUUGCAAAAAGAAUUCGAUAAAAAUCAAACGGUUUUUAAACGAAUGAUUUUCUGAAGAACUCUCUACUUCAGAUUUGAACAAUAAGUAAUCCUGAAACGGAAUGUGAACUGAUUUUCGACACGAUGACUCCGAAUCGUCGAAAUCGUGUCGACGUCACUGAAAGUCGUUGUCCGAUCCGUGCAUGUGCAUGGAAACUUGCAUUUACACGAGAUGCAUCUAGACGAGGAACCGUGGUGGAGAACUCUCCGACCAACUCUCAUUGUUAGUCGGCAAACGUACGCGCCAAGAAACACGAGGAGCCGAGACACGGAUGAGAGCGACGAAGACUUCGAUCGAGUUAAUUCCCAUAGCUGUUUAAUCGAUGAUCUUAACAAACCACCUUUGCAUUUCGAUUACAUCAUCAUCAUCGUUGUGCCUUAUCGCUUCAUUUUAUUUAUUUAAUAACUCUGUAUUAAAAAAAUCUUUUUUUUUCUUUUUUUUCUUUUCUCUUUAAAUUUCUUGAAAUAAAUUAGAUUGUAAAGUUGACUAUUGUAAAAGGAGAAAGUAAAUUUUUUUUUAAUUUUAAUGAAAAUUUAUAUCUUUUUCUUUAAAAGCACAGUUUUUUUUAAAUAAUAGUUUUAUAAAGAGAAAUUGAAAGGAUGGGGCAUCCAAAUAUCGCGUUGUCCAAAAAUGAGGAAUAAAAGUGUUAAAUGGAAAGAAAGAAAGAAGCACGAGAGUAGUAUGCAAUGCUAUUUGGAUUGUUAGACAAAUUGGCAAGCUAUUAUUUUGCUAUAUACACAGCAGCAAUGCAACGCCGGGAAAGCGAUAUACCCGAAAUUCAAAGCGAUACCGUCUACCGUGUCUCGAUAUCGUGUGCAUCGGCACGCCACUCGGAAGUUUCAUUCCCCGAUUAAAACCAACGCGAUAGCGGGGCACGCGGUUCUUCUUAUACCAUCGUUUACCCGGUGGGAAAGCUUUCUCCCUCGACAUGCCCUUCUAGACAAUGGGAAUAUGAAUAAUCGCCGGACAAUUCUCUUUGCUAUCUCUGGCACUAGCGCGUAUUCACAACCGAUAUCCACCGAUAAAUCACGCAAACGAGAGUUGUAGCCUCUUCGUGCGUCGCCUUCGCACAAAAGCGUCGCGGAUGUACAAGCUAUUGGUAUAAUGUCUCUUGUGAGUCUAUUUCGUAACGUCCUACGUUACAUCUCCGCUGACAUGAUUUGCGUUAUUCCAGUAAUGUACUCCUCUCGACGAUUGCACUCUGUAAGUUAUGUUCAUGUAUUGUCUAUCCUUCAGACGUCUCUGGAAGCAUAAGGACCAAAGUAGUCGACGUGUCUGAUACAAAUAGGAGAGAAGUGAAAGUUGUCUUGAUCAAUCCUUUCAGUUAAUCUUUGAGUAGGUAGGUGGUCAAAAAUUACGUAAAUAGAUGGGUGGGCUGCUGACAACACUCCAAAUGUCAUAUUUUUCAUUAGUAUAUUAUUUAAAUUUACAUUAAUUAAACCUUUAGGAGAUAGAGGAACGUAAAAAAGAUGAACUUUGAGACUCGUGGACAAUACUUUCUAUUUUUCUUUUCUAAGAACAAGGUUUCAAAUCCUAGAUUUCUUCGUUGCCUAGGGUGCUGCGGCCAUCCCAUCUACCCACUUAAAUGUCCUUUACAUCGACAAUGCGGAUGUAAUAUUGUGCGGAUCGCAGAAGAGGGUCAAGGAAAAAGAGAGAGAGGAGGGGACUUUCUACAACCCUUCCUCGUGUUCGAGAAGAAAAUGAACGUAAAUGUAAACGUAAUACGGCGCCACUCUCGCGUUUACUUGUUCUGGCAAAUGGGAAUGAAACUACCGCGUUAUCGUACACGUGCCGAUGACUACGCUACUCUACUGGCGACCGAGCGGACGCAUGCCUGACCUGUCCGGGUUGGCUUUACGAGGCGGCUUUGUCGUGCCGAAGAUAAUCCGGGUAUUGUCGGCCUGUUGAUGUCCGCGGUGCUGGACUGCGCCGGCAUCAUUGUCGUGCGUUGCCUUUGUGCUCAACCGGCGAUUUUAAGCCGGUUAUGACGCCGUGCUUGCCGUCUCGCUGACGCGUGGAGAAUACCACCGAUUUCGCGUGCACAUGAUCGCGCACACGUACAGGGCAGCGCAUUUGCCAUCGCAAAAAGACCGCCGCGGUUAUGAGACUCAAUUAUCGUCUCGCGACUGGACAUUUCCUGUCCUCGAAGCUGUUUUUUUUUUU